AUGAAGCGCUUCAGCCAGAGGGUUCUGUCGCGCGGGAAAGACUCCAGCAAAUCAUCAAAGAAGAAGGACUCUAAAGACGGCACAGCCUCCCCCAACAGCACAGCAUCGAGGGACGCUUCCAACCAGUCUCCUACAAUCACGCCCUCGUCGUCCGCGUCGAACCUCCCCGACACCCGAAACAAGCCUCUUCCCCCUAACAGCGCUGGAGCACAUGGGCAAGAGCAGGGCAUACCAGGGCAGUCACCCUUGAGCAACAUGAGCUCUGCCUCGGGAUCUGGCUCCUUCGGCGGCUCCCCUCAGGCUGCUAAUGGCGGAGGCACGCCCCAGCGCUCCGGCGGUCUCCCGCCCACAGUCAUCAUCAGCCCCAGCGCUCCCCAUGUCCCUCCGCCCGGCGCGGCCGAGACCAUGCCGCAUGACCUGGCGCCUCCAAAAGCCGGCCAGAAAUCCCUGAUGUUCGACCGCCUGCAGCAGACACCGAAGGACGUGCCCGAGGGACUGCGGACUCCGAAGCGGCAGCACUCGUCUCGGUUUGAUAUCUCGGCGCAUCGCGAGCUGGAAAAGCUUCCUGGGUUUCACGAGGUGCCGCCUAAUCGUCGGCAGGAGCUGUUCAUGCAGAAGAUCGACCAGUGCAACGUCAUUUUCGACUUCAACGAUGCCAGUGGAGACAUGAAGUCCAAGGAGAUCAAGCGCUUGGCGCUUCACGAGCUGCUCGACUACGUUGCCAACAACCGGCAGGUCAUCACUGAACCCAUGUACCCGCGGGUUGUCGAGAUGUUCGCCAAGAACUUGUUCCGCCCACUGCCACCGCCAAUGAACCCAUCGGGCGAAGCCUUCGACCCGGAAGAGGAUGAGCCCGUGCUGGAAGUCGCUUGGCCUCACAUCCAGGUCGUCUACGAGUUCUUCCUGCGCUUCAUUGAGAGCCAGGACUUCAACACCAACAUCGCGAAGGCCUACAUUGACCAUAGUUUUGUUCUCCGGCUGCUUGAGCUCUUCGACUCCGAAGACCCUCGUGAGCGCGAUUUCCUAAAGACAACGCUGCACAGGAUCUACGGGAAAUUCCUCAAUCUGCGAAGCUUCAUUCGACGAUCCAUCAACAAUGUCUUCUUUCAUUUUGUGUACGAGACGGAAAGGUUCAACGGCGUGGCCGAACUCCUCGAAAUUCUGGGGUCCAUUAUCAACGGAUUCGCACUGCCCUUGAAGGAGGAACACAAGUUGUUCCUUACACGUACGCUGAUACCUCUGCACAAAGCAAAGAGCCUCAGCAUGUACCACCCACAGCUUGCGUAUUGCAUCGUUCAAUUCUUGGAGAAGGAUGCGUCCCUUACGGAAGAGGUGGUGCUUGGUCUCCUGCGCUAUUGGCCAAAGGUAAACAGCACCAAGGAGGUCAUGUUUUUGAACGAGGUAGAGGAUAUCUUCGAGGUUAUGGACCCGGCGGAGUUUGCCAAGGUUCAGGAACCCUUGUUCCACCAGCUCGCCAAGUCGGUGGCAAGUCCUCAUUUCCAGGUUGCAGAGCGUGCUCUGUACUUCUGGAACAACGAGUACUUCUGCAACCUGGUCAGCGAUAACGUCGAGAUCAUCCUCCCCAUCAUGUUCGCGCCGCUGUACGAGAACUCGAAGGGGCACUGGAAUAGGACUAUCCAUGGGAUGGUGUACAACGCUAUGAAACUCUUCAUGGAAAUUAACCCUCAACUCUUCGACGACUGCUCCCAGGAGUACACGGAGCAGCAGAACAGCGCGCCGGCUAGGGAGAAGCAGCGGGAGAGGAAAUGGGCGGCCAUUCAAGACUUGGCCAACAAACAAAAGGCUAAUGGGUCAGCGGCACUCCAAGAUGAGCAGACGGAAGAGACUGACGGCACAGAAGAUAACCAGAAGCGGCUCGACUCGCUGAACCUGCAAGACGGAGACCGAAGAGAUCGGCGGCCGGGCACGCACGAGAGGCAGAGCUCAGCGGGGUCGUCGAGAAGCGGGCGAUAA